AUUUAAUCGAUGAAAGUUUGGGGUAACAACAGCUCGCAACCAUCUAGAACAAUUCAUUAUGUGCUCCAAAAGCUGUCUAUAGAGUAUGAGUUCCACAACGUGCAGCUUAUCAAGGAUACUAGAACUGAAGAAUUCAAGAAGGACGUAAACCCCAGAGGAAAAGUACCAGUGAUAGAGAUAGACGGUCAAAAGUUAACUGAGAGCACAGCUAUCGCAAGAUUCUUAAUCAAUAAGUACGACCCGGAGAAUGAACUUUAUCCAUCCACGGAUAUAUUCAAGAGAGCUAAGAUCGAUGAAUGGAUCGCUAUUAGUAACGAAAGUUACAGGCCAACGUUUGGACCUGCUUAUAUGGGACUGGUUUUCAACCCUGUUUUAGUUGGCAAGCCUCUAGUUGAAGGCGAUGAAGCAACACAACUCAUGGAAGGAGUAAAGAAUAACUUGAAAGAUCUAAACGAGAAUCUCGAAGGUAAGAAGUUCAUACUUGGAGAAACUAUGACACUUGCAGAUAUCUUUAUCUUUAAUGAAGUGGUAUUUAUUGUGGACAUUUUGGAUAUUGAAACAGCUGGGACAUAUGAUAAUAUAAAAGCAUGGCUAGAAGAAGUUCAGUUAGAUCCUAUAAUCAAAGACAUCACUGAGGAACUGAAGCAUUCUAUAGAAGGUUUCAGAGAAAUGACGAAGACUAAAGAAGAAGCAAAAGAUGAUUAA